CCUCUGAUCUGAUCUGUAAACUUUCAUAAGGUAGGCUGUGCUCUGGCUGCCUAUGAGGAGAGCAGGAGCGAAACCUGCCAGCCCCUCAAUUUUCUCCACUUCCUGUGCUCAAGCAACUGCAUCCCAAAAGAGGGGAAAAGUAGGAAAUAUCCGCAAACGGUUCUAAAUAAGGCGUCCCGACGAACCGCUCGCGCUCGCGCGUCUGCUGCAGCUCAUUGACCAUCACGAAUGUCAAGACUUGAGACGUUUUUAUUACUUUACCGAUCGUUAUUGAUUGCCUGUACGGAAAGAAACGGCGAACUGGGAUCACAUCAGACCGAGUUUGACCACAUGGGAUAACACAUUUUAACAGAAAACGCUUAAAGCAAUUUGAAGAUCUCGAAAGAGAAGGUAAAGCCGUCAAAUGUAUUGGAAAAAUGAGGCUUUGGCCCCUCUAUCAGAGGGAAAUCAGUUUCUAUCCGAUGGAAUUCCUUCAAAACAGGUGAUCUCUCCAGACUCGCACAGCACACCGGGAGCAUCACGCUGCGUGGACGGACAACACGGACGCGCGAUGUCGCAGUCUGACGGAGAAUCUCACAGGUCUGCUAUGGAGAAAGACGACACGCGCUCUUCGCCCAGUCCGCCCUCGACUCCGUCCGUCUGCUCGCCCGCGUCCAGCGCCUCCUCCGAGCCGUGCACCGGGAAGAACGUGUGCGCGAGCUGCGGGCUCGAGAUCCUGGACAGAUAUCUGCUCAAGGUUAAUAAUCUGAUCUGGCACGUGAGGUGUCUGGAGUGCUCCGUCUGCAGGACGUCACUACGUCAACACAGCAGCUGCUACAUUAAAAAUAAGGAAAUCUUCUGUAAAAUGGAUUAUUUCAGGUUUGGUACAAAGUGUGCCCGCUGUGGCCGGCAGAUCUACGCCAGCGACUGGGUACGGCGAGCCAGAGGCAAUGCCUACCAUCUGGCCUGCUUCGCCUGCUUCUCCUGCAAACGGCAGCUGUCCACAGGCGAAGAGUUCGGGCUGGUGGAGGAGAAAGUACUUUGUCGGAUCCAUUACGACACAAUGGUGGAGAACCUGAAACGGGCCGCGGAGAGUGGAAGCGGACUCACUCUGGAGGGGGCGGUGCCGUCAGAACAGGACAGUCAACCAAAACCAGCUAAAAGGGCACGAACGUCCUUCACUGCAGAACAACUGCAGGUAAUGCAGGCACAGUUUGCACAGGACAACAACCCUGACGCUCAGACCCUGCAGAAGUUGGCAGACAUGACAGGACUGAGUAGACGAGUCAUACAGGUUUGGUUUCAAAACUGCAGAGCGAGACAUAAAAAGCACACUCCACAGCACGGCGGCCCACCUCAAGCUCACCCGCAGGCCCGCAUGCCCCCCUCGCUGCCUGACGAGCUGCAUUACUCCCCUUUCGGCAGUCCUGAGAGAGCACGCAUGGUGGCCCUGCACGGGUACAUCGAAAGCCAUCCAUUUUCAGUGCUCACUACACAGAGCCUCCCUCAUCAGGCCAUGACGUUACCGCAGCUCCCUCUCAGCCGCUAACACCCCCGCCUCGCACUGACCCCUGACCUCUGACCUC